UAUAACAAUGAACAAAUGUUUCACAGAGCAGCCCUCCACGCUACUUCUCAUUGAACCGCUGGUAAAUUCAUUGUUAAAGGGUUAAUGGGAGCAAUGUUGCGAUGAAUUCCUGAAGGCGGAGAUUCAGAAAGAGCAGGAGCUUCUUAAAGAGACAGAAGCCCAAUUUCACGGUAUUAAAUUACAAAGUCAAUUUUCUUUUAAGUCAUAUUUGAUUUAUACUGCAUUUUUGCAGUACUGAAGGCAACAAAGAUACUUGAUUGUACUAUAAGAUGGUACAGCGUGACUGGAAAAUGCAAACUAUACUACUGGACAGAGCUGUGCGAUGCCUCUCUUCUGUAGGGAUAGGAAAUCUUUUCAGAGUUGAUGGGAAGAGAUGGACUAAGCUAAAUACAAACCGAUUCUGGACCAAGUCCUGUUAGAAGCUGCGUAACUGCAAAUUGCUCAAUUAUAUGGUCAAUGGAAACGCAGCUGGAGUCUCAAAAGCUACUUUUUUAAACAUGGUCUUAAAACAUUAUCUCUGCACACUGUUCUUGGACUCUGGAUGUCCUUUGCAUAUCCGUUAAACGCUACACAGCGUAGGGACACACAGAUGCUGUCUUGUCAUGUGUUUAUUUCGAGGGGCUUACAGUUUCAGAGGCUGGGUCUUUGACUGACUGAGAGGAGGGAAGUGGGGGGAGGGCCCUGGUAAACACAUGGUGUGGAGAGAGAGAGAGACAGAGAGGCAGGGUGGGGAGAGCCACUAUAAAAGAAACAGUCAGAGCUGCUGGUGGCAUUCGCUCCAGCAAAGCGACACUGGCACAUACAAACGACAGAGCUGAGACCCACUGACGGGGUUAGAGUCGACACCGGCAACAAUCGCUUUUUCUUCAAGACUGAUUUUCUCCAUUCUGCCAAGACUUGGAGGUCUGCACCCUGGUCCACUCUGGCUUUUUUUCCCCUUCUGAGAUAGAGAUUUUUCUCCUCUUCUUCUACCACAAGGCUCCCAAACGAGCAAGAGAGGACGAGCUUGUGUCCGCAGAGACUGUCUUAACAUUUUUGUUGCACUCGUGCUCCCGUUCCACCAUGGCUGCUUUGCGUCAGAUGCCGGCGGAGACCUCGGGCUUCCACGUCCUCUCGGCCCACCUGAUGGCCACCGCCACAGAGGAGUUCCCCCAGCAACUGCCCGUCCCCAAGAGCCCGGCGAAGGGCAAGAGUCGCUCCCGCCGACCCCGGGAGGCCCGCUUCAAAACCCAGCCGGUCACUUUCGCCGAGAUCGCUGAGGUAGAAGAGGAAGGCUCUUCCCCUUUGGAAGAAGAGAGGGCACGUCGCUCCUUCCUUCAGUCGUUGGAGAACCUGCGGCGGAGCACACAGGCCCUCUACUGCCCGGGGGUGACCAAUCGCACCCCCACGCCGGCCAGCCUGGACUCCAGCGACUCCGACUCCACCCAGUGAGGACUUCACAGAUGGAGGUCGACUGAACAGAACCAAACUUGUAGUCCUGCCUUUAUGCGUAAAGCUACUGCUGCCACGCAAAACUCUGCAUUUAGCUCACCAACUCAUCUGCACACUGCUCCAAGAUGCACAUUGGACCUUUCCAUAUCGACCUCCACCGCUGGCUGGUUUUACAGCUGUACAGAUAUAAUGUGUAGAGGUAGCAAACAAUGCAACAUUCAGCACAACGUCUUGUUUCCUACUGUAGUUAUUUAGGAGUAAUAUGGAAGAGGAAGGGUAUUUUCCCAGUUUGGAGCAAUAGAGCACGUCUGUUUCUAUCUAGGUUUUUCUACUUGAUGAGCGAAUGUGGCAAGGAUGACUAAAAACGUUAACGUUGUGAUUGAUUUUUCUGUAAAUACAUUGACAAAGCAAAACGUCCUGCAGCAAAAGUUAGCCGGCUGGGCCUGGAACCGUAGAGGACCAUCACAGAUUUUACCUGGAGACUCGCAAAGGGGUUUUUUCCUCCCCAGCUUCUCAGUUAAUAAAAUCAGUGCUGUUGCUUUGAUCACUGAGCAGAAAUUCCCUUUCUAUUUUUCAAAAUGAAUUUAUUUAUUAUUAUUAUUUGCAUAACCAAGUAUAUUUCUAGAUAUAAAGUUGUCUAUGACUUCUGGUCACUUUGACUUUCAUACAAAUGAUAACCUUUAUAUUUUGUGAUUCUAUUACUUUGUAUGUGUAUAUGUAUAUAUAUAUAUAUAUAUAUAUAUAUUUGCUUAUGUACUUCAAUAAAUAUUUU